AUGGCAGCGGCUUUAUCCAGUGAAAUCAGCUACGAGAGUAUUUUAGCUCGGACCGCAAGUUAUAACAGGCAGUUACAAACCGACAAAAAGAAUCGAUUGCCUUUUUUGGACAACGCCACUGGAAUAGCUCAAAGGCCCUGCUAUUUACAGCGAAAAGACGAAGAACGGUACCUUAGUCCCCUGAAUGACAAAGUCUUUGCAUACUACCCCCAAAGAUGGAAAAAGACAAAAAAGAAUGUUAUUUCCCACAGCUCUGUUGUGCGCUCUGUUGACCAGUACAACAACAAUGCUCGAGCAGCUGAUUUGUUUUCAGGUGGUGGUCUUUCAGCCCAAGAUGCAUUAUGGCGUGAGUUGGAUGAUGAGGAUAGCCAUAGCACAUGGGCUACAAACCCUGUGUAUGACAUCGAUUCGGAGGGUAGUGAAUUAGCCGACGAGACUUAUGGCGGUCGUCGUAAGAAACGAAGAACAAGAGGCCCACGUUCCGCUAGACCGAACGCGAAUCAAGGUCUUACUCCUACCGGUCGUAGGCGAGCCGCCACUAAUUCCUACUAUUCCAACUACACUAAUGGCAGCAUAGUUUAUGACGAAGAAUCCAACGACAAGUUUCCAAAUCCCCAAUUCGUCUGCGAGGCCUGCGGCAUGCGCUACAAAACAAAGACCGGCCUCAAUUAUCACUACAACUCUCAACACGUGGCCAAUAAUUCUCAUUCAAAAAAACCUAAUCAGCUUUCGACUGUAAGAAACAAUCAGUCCCUUCCUCACACAUCUGUCAACACGGGUCUCCUCUCUGCUCUAAUUGAAAACACUCCGAGGGAUAAAGACCGAUCAACGUCUUAUAACAGCAAUUCGCGGAAUCUACCGAGCACAAUAAUCGAAGUGGACUGUCCGCGCCCUGCAGACGUCGCAGACUUGGCGGAGACGCUGUCGUGCGACUACUGCGGAGGCGAUGAGCGAUCGAACCCGAAGCGGCCUGGCGGUGCAAGCCCCGAGGGCCUCCUCUGCUGCUCGGACUGCACGCGCUGUGCGCACUUCUCCUGCGCCCAAUUCACUCCCAACAUGGUCACCUCCGUACGCGGCUAUCGGUGGCAGUGUCUGGAGUGCAAGACCUGCUGGCUUUGCGGCACUUCGGAGAACGAUGUCACGACGUUGAGCAUAUCCGAACUCAUUACCUCGGAGACGUUAGAAGAGGAGUUGAGGUGCCAUGGGCAAAGGUCUUGUCGCAACCGAUUUGGAAAGUCCGCGCAGACAAGACUGGCCACUGAUUCAUCUCCGCUGCGUGUGUAUGAGUGGGUGGCUGCCUCGGGGUUGUGCUGCAUGACGUGGCUGGAGGGGGUCCCGGACGAUUGCAAUGAAUACGAUUUGACUCUCCUUACCUUACGAAUCGAAUUUAUUUCUGUUCAGAAGUUGCAAAAGACAACCCUCAAAUUCGUUAUAUAUCGUUUGGAGGAGUUGACGGAGUGUACUAAAUGGAAAUACGCUAGCCCCAUGACAGAUGUGUUUGUGGACAUACUUUUGCAGGAGGAGAUGUUGUUCUGUGACGACUGCGACCGCGGCUACCACAUGUUCUGCCUCAGUCCUCCGCUCUCUCAACCGCCAGAGGGUCCGUGGAGUUGUUGUCUCUGUCUGGAGCGCUUCAAGGAGGAGGCCGCCUCCAACUAUACGCUGUUGCUGAGGCUACUUCCAGACUCGCGCUUCUGCCACAACAAAAUAAUGAUGCCAGAAUUGGCUGCUAAUCCGGCGUAG